AUGGUAUGUCCCCGUCGUUGGAAGGAAUAUAAAGGAAAUCAGACGAAAUGUAUUAAACCUUUCUAUGAAAUGGUCUCCAGAGAUGAGGCACAGAGAAGAUGCCAACAAAUGGGCAGAGGAUUUGAUUUGUUAGAAAUUCACACUUUGAACGAAAAUUUUAUGGUCUUUCAGGCGUUGCAGGAGACAAAUGUUUCUCUCAAUUUCAAAGCGAGUCUUCAUCUGCAAUACGAUUUCAAUGACGACAGUUAUAACCACAAUAAGCCUCAGUUAUGGAUCGGCCCGAAGAGAGUGCCCUUUGGAGGCGUUAAUGACUUUCAGUAUCGGAGCGGUUGUAGUAUUAAGGACUAUAACCGGUGGCAUAAGGGACAGCCCAACGAUCACUUGAAUCGCGAAGACUGUGUCUUUAUGGUUAUCGACGAUCCCAUGUUUUUAGGCCAAUGGGAAGACUAUUCUUGCGAUACAGAGAUGUACUAUAUCUGUCAGUUUGUACUGGAUUUACAUCCGCCGUGUAGUCCAAAAUUUUUAAAUUUAUACGGAUAUAACGAGACAACGAGUAAUAGAUCUAAUGAAACACUGAUCACAGGGAACACUACGGGAUCCGUGGAUAUUACAAAACCCGAUAACAAUGGCAAUACAGGGAACACCGGGAAGGCCCUUUUGAUCAUUAUUUAUAUCUUAUACAUUACUGGAGCUGAAGUACAAGCGCCUGUGCGGACACAACCCGAACAAAUUCACCUCUCAUAUGGAGCCGAUUCGACACAAAUGAUGGUCACGUGGACCACAUUCAACGCCACCAAUACAUCAACUGUUGAGUUUGGGAAGAAUUCUUUGGACCAAACUCUCGCUGGACUGAGCGCUUCAUUCAUCGAUGGCGGUAAUGAAAGCCGACAAAUAUUUAUUCAUAGAGUUAUGUUAACACAACUUACACCCGGAGACCAAUACAUCUAUCACUGCGGAAGCACUGAUGGCUGGAGUCCUCUAUUUAAGUUUAACGCCACGAAGAAUGGCAGCGAUUGGAGUCCAAGAAUCGCUGUUUUCGGUGAUUUGGGAAAUGAAAACUCGCAGUCGAUUCCCAGAUUGCAAGAAGAGGUACAGCGAGGGCUAUACGACAGCAUCUUUCAUAUCGGUGAUUUUGCGUAUGAUAUGGAUUCUGAUAACGGGAGAGUUGGCGACGAAUUUAUGAGACAAAUUGAGUCGAUAGCGGCAUAUGUGCCGUACCAAGUCAAUUUUUCCAAUUAUGACAACCGAUUCUCAAUGGUUAACAGUGGAAGUGGUUUAAUGAAUAACCACUACUAUAGCUUCAAUAUAGGACCGGCACAUGUCAUCGCAUUCUCCACCGAAUACUACUAUUUUCUUCAAUACGGAUGGAAACAAUUGGUUCGACAGUACUAUUGGCUCAUCAAUGACUUACAAGAGGCUAAUCAACCUGAGAACAGAGCGUUGAGGCCAUGGAUUAUCACAUUAGGCCACCGACCCAUGUAUUGCAGCACAGAUGACAGGAAAGGACUGCCAAUUGUGCGGACUCUCGGAUUAGAGGAUGUGUUUUAUGAAUAUGGAGUAGACGUGGAGUUGUGGGCACACGAACACGUCUACGAGAGAAUGUGGCCCUUAUAUAACCGCACCGUUUAUAACGCCAGUCUAUCUCAACCAUACACUAACCCCUCAGCGCCCGUCCAUAUAAUCACCGGAUCCGCUGGAUGUAAGGAAAGACACGACCCGUUCGUACCAAACCCUCCGCCGUGGAGUGCCGUUCGUAACUCAGAUUACGGUUACACAAGACUUCAUAUAUUAAACGCUUCGCAUCUAUCACUGGAACAGAUAUCUGACGAUCAGAAUGGAAAAAUUGUGGACAAAAUAAUGUUAAUUCAAGAAUCACACGGAAAGAGAAAACCCAUUCCAUAGCUAUUAUGAACAACAUAUCGAUUGCAACUUCUUUCACAUCUAUUUAUAAAAUACUAUUCUAUAAAUAAAAUUAUGAAUUAAAAGUUUGUAUUGUAUAUAAUUAUAUAAUCGUAUAUAAUUACAAUAACAAUACUUCAGAAUUGAGCCAAACAUUUCCAAUAAAAU